CUCUAGAAGUAUUCCUUAUUGCAUCAUUGUAACAAUGAAGUACUUUCUACGUAAUGAGUAAUAUCGGACAUUGACAGACAAAAUAUUCGUAAUGAAAUGAUACGAAAGGUUAAUAAAGUGAUUGAUUUUAUCGGACGACGAUCUCUUCCGUUCAAAUUUAUAGUCGCGCGCGCAUAUAAAAUCCAACGUGCAUGACGCGUCAGAUCAUCCGAUCUUACGUCAUCAUUGUUCCCUCUCCGACAGUAAAAGAGCAAGUGAGAGAAAAGAUAGAGAAAAACCAAGCGUGCGUCGUGUUACCGCUGCACGCGUCGACAGUCGAAAGAAGUGCGCGAAUGAAGUUUGUUAUACGCAUUUGUCAUUUAUUCUACUAAUUUUGUUAACGCCGAAUUAGAUCUAAAGAUAGUUAUCUCAUUGAUAACAAAUUUGACAUCGAUCAAGCAUUAAAUUCCGGCUUAAUCUGUCGAAAAGUUUAACCCAUCACAUACGCACGUUGAAAACCCAUAAGAAUCCCAAAUAGUGAUAUUUUUGGAAGUAGUGAUAUUCGUCGUCAGAGUUCGUUGCUGAGUUCGCGGCAAUUUUUGGAAGGUUCAUAGUACCGUUAUUCCGCCCCUGUAUCUCAAGCGGCGAACAUUUUAUAGUAUAUGUGUGUGUACAACACAAGACGUUGUUACUGGCGUCUGCUAGGUCAGCUGUUGAUAUAUCAUGGAGUAAAAAUAAAAUUGAAACCCUUAAUUUCGUUAAAAAAAAAAAGAAAAAGAAAUUGUAAUUUUCGACUAAUCAAAUAAAAAGUGUUUGUGGCACUCUUUUUAAAAAUAUUUUUCGGAAAAAUAGUUUUGAACAUUUCGUAUUUUCCAAAAAUUAUCCAUAUCUACUCAAAAUUGAUCAAAUACAAUAAAUUACAACUGGAAUAUUAGGGCGUUGAAAGCAUAAAGGACACUUUAUGGGUUUAAAGUUGUUAUUAUAAAAUCAUGUCAAGGAAGCGUUGUAGAGAGGAAACUAUGUUGAACUCUGAAUCGUAUACAAAUAAUCACAAUGGAGAAAGCACAUCCUCUAGAGAAGAUUCUCCCAUCAAUCCUUCAAUUUGUAAAGAGGCUCCAUUCAGUGAUGAUCCAGAAGCAAUUACUGAAAGAGAUGCAUGUGAUUACAAUAGUCAAAUCACAUUAAGGAUGGCACGUAGUGGGAAAGCACCUAGAAGGGUUAGAGUAUAUGCUGAUGGUAUAUAUGAUCUUUUUCAUCAAGGACAUGCUCGACAAUUACUACAAGCUAAAAAUAUAUUCCCAAAUGUUUAUCUCAUUGUUGGAGUUUGCAAUGAUGAAUUAACACAUAGCAAAAAAGGAAGAACUGUGAUGACAGAUGCUGAAAGGUAUGAUGCAGUAAGACAUUGUCGCUAUGUGGAUGAAGUUGUAAGGGAUGCUCCAUGGGAAUUAGAUGAUGAUUUCAUCAAAAAACAUAAAAUCGAUUUUGUAGCUCACGAUGACAUACCUUAUAUGACAGAUGAUGGUUCAGAUGUUUAUGCCACAUUAAAAGCUAAAGGUAUGUUUGUAGCUACGCAAAGAACAGAAGGGGUAUCUACAUCAGAUAUUGUAGCAAGAAUUGUUAAGGAUUAUGAUAUUUAUGUAAGAAGAAAUUUAGCACGAGGUUACAGUGCCAAAGAACUCAAUGUUUCUUUCCUCAACGAAAAGAAAUUUCGAUUACAAAAUAAAUUUGAUGAUCUUAAAGAUAAAGGUAAACGAGUUAUGGAAAAUAUAGGUGAAAAACGUAUGGACAUGAUUAGUAAAUGGGAGGAAAAAUCACGAGACUUCAUUGAUGCAUUUCUUUUAUUAUUUGGAAGGGAAGGAAGAUUGUCAACAAUUUGGAAUGAAAGUAAAGGACGUUUAAUGCAAGCACUUUCACCUCCAGCAAGUCCAAAAAGAGAUGGCAGUCCAAAUGGUAGUAAUAGUAGCAACAACGAUGAGGAUCAAACAAGUCCUCCACCAAAAAAGACUGGACGCUACGAAUUAUCACAAAGUACUCAAUAUUUAAGCGAUGAUUAUAGUGAUGAUGAAGAAGAAAAUUUACAAUCUAAGUGAUAAAUUAUUAUGAAAAUACAUUGUAUCUCCUUAUUAUGACCAAAUUAGUGUGCUAUUGUUUUUUAACAUUAGACAUAUUUUCAUACAGCUAUAUAAGCUGCUUAUACAGAAAAUAGCACUACGCUUUAUAAUUUUUGUAUGGUAAAAUUACUAUACAUAAAGCAAUUUGUGAUCAUAC